CCCAUCCAGAAGGAGGCAGCCUUGGGGGCCCCAUCCAGCACCCCUCCUUUUAAAAACCAAGCUCUGCUGAUGAAGCCCGGGACCAAAUCCGAGAAGCCCAAAGGAGCCGUUUUCUUCCUCUGCUGGCAGGAGGGUGUUUCUCUUGCCCUGGCUGUGCAAACACACCCAGCGGGUCUUGAUGCCAACCCAAGCCCAAACUCAGAGGCCUCCCUGUUGCAGAGAGAGAGGGUCCUUUGUGUGGACCUCUUUUGAUCCUGACUUCCUCCCGUGGACUCUGGGCCCCUUCAACCACCACGGCAGGCGGGCGGUCACAGGGACAGCUCCUUUCGCAAAGGAUUUUGCAGUCUAUUGGCCCUUGCAAGCCUCUCCUCCUUGCUGCCUGGCCCUCUGCUGCCCCGGGGGCUGCUCCUCCCCGGAACGCAGAGAAACAGGAGGCCUUCUCUUCUCCUCCCUCUGUGUGUCCCUGGGUGUGUGUGUGUCCGUCCGUGCGUCCAGCCCAGGCUUCCUGCUCCAGGGGAGGGGGGCGGGUUCACUGUCCAAAGGGAGCCAGGCCGGGUCCUGACAUUUGUGUGCUUCCAGCUGCACGGAAGUGAGCGGCAGUUUCCAUUAGCCGCUCGGUCCAGAGGCCAGCCUGCUGUUGCUCUGUAAGAUCCCGCUCAAGCAGGGGGGCUCCCUUUCUCCCCUCCUUCUCAGAGGCGCCUUUCUUCUGACAGGGACUGCAAUGGAGGCAGAGCAGCAGCCUUGAAAUCGGACGGACCCUGCGCUCGGUGCCACUGAGGAGCCACCAUGGAGACCCACAAGAGGGAGAUGGAGCUGUUGAGCAACAGCAUAGCAGCCUAUGCACACAUCAGAGAUCACCCUGAGAGCUUUGGCCUUUAUUUCGUGCUGGGGGUCUGCUUUGGCCUUGUCUUGACCCUGUGCCUGUUGGUCAUCCAUAUCUCAUGGCAGCCUCAGGCCAUCCCCCGCAAGCCCCGAAAAAGCCUACGUGACUUCAGUGAAGAUGAGGACGAGGAGGAUGAUGACGAUGAGGAGGAAGAAGACACCAUUGACCAAGCGGCUUCUGAGCCCCCCUUGGCUAUGACGGAGCUGCCGCUGGAGGCCCACUCCACCCCUGAUGGGACCCUCACCGUCAACGUCUUUGCCUCAGCAGAAGAGCUGGAGCGCGCCCAGCGGCUGGAGGAGCGGGAGCGCAUCCUCCGGGAGAUCUGGCGCAACGGGCAGCCUGACAUCCUGGGCACAGGCACUGGCACUAUUGGCAGAGUCCACUACUACUGACCCAUGGUUGGCCAUGGUCACAUUCCUCACCCGGGCAGGGUGGACUGCUACUGAACUCUUGAACCCCCUUGUCUCACCUCAAGGGAUUUAUGGUUAAUCACUUCAUGCAGCCAGUAUCUCAAACAUUGCGAGACCUGCCCUGAUGCCAGAUAAGAGGCAGCGGUUUUGCACAGGGGUGAGAGAGGAUCAAGUGACAGUGAUAAAAUGGCAAGAAGGACCAAGAUGACUUAGUUAAACUGUUGGACAGCAAAUUCAAGGACUCUGCUCCUUUUCCUCCUGGGAACUUGAGAGGAAAGGCAGUGCAGGCAAAGUAAAGGAGCAGCACACAGAACUAAUGCCAGUUCCUUUGUUUACAUGUGAGGACUAUUCCUGAUUUUCACAAUUGACAUGUGUAGGGAACAUGGAAAGUGGUGUAGCAGUGCCCACUGCAGUAACAGAAAGGUACGAGGGUUGCAGUUCACCAGCCUGAACAGAACCAGACUCAGUACUUGCAUGCAGGACUCUGGAUUGCAUUGUGCUUAACUGAUCUAGUAGGCAAAAAAGGAAUAUGGUGCUCUUGGGGAGGACUGUGGCGGCAGUGGGGGGGAUCUUGUUGCACCUGUCCAGGUACCUCUAAAGGAAUGGGUUGGAGGGAAUAGACUGCAAGGACCUUCAACCCACCUAUGCUUACACACAACCACACACCAAGGGAGACAGAUCAACCGUUACAAAGUUCUGUAUCUCCCUUUUUUCCUGGCUGUGUUGGAAGCCUGUUUUUCUCCUACCCCUCCCAAAUGAUGUUUAUUAUUUCAAGGAGUUGCAUAGGGAACAGGUAAGUGCCAGCUUCAGUAUUUUUCCACACUACCAGGAAACUCCCAGUGAAUUCUCAGGGUGCAGCACUUCAUCUCAUCCCACCUUCAGCCAGGCUGAUGCACAACUGGGGAGCAUCCUGCAGGGAGGCAGCUUGGGGAUGACCCCAGCACUUCCUUUGCUGCCUGACUCCUCUC